ACCAACUUUCUUUUGUGCUUGUCUCGAGAUUUCUUGCGAAGAUUUUAAGAAUGAAGAUCAUUAACAUGGAUUCUCUUAUGGGUCUGUUCUGCACUUCUUUUCUUGUCUUUUUACUGUCCAUGAAUGGUUUGGCUAAUGCUGCUAAAGUGUUCAAAGUUGGUGAUGAAUUGGGAUGGCAAGAGCCUGGAGGUAAUAUCUCUGCUGCUGUGUAUGGCCAGUGGGCUCAAGGGAAUCGAUUUCGAGUUGGAGAUUCUCUCUUGUUCAUGUACAAGAACGACUCGGUUCUUCAAGUGGAGAAAUGGGGUUAUUUCCAUUGUAGCAGCAGCAAACCUAUUGUUGCCUUCAACAACGGAAGGAGCACUUUCAAUCUUGACAAGUCAGGACCUUAUUAUUUCAUAAGUGGAGCUCCUAAUCACUGCAAAAGAGGCCAGCGUUUGAUUGUCGAAGUAAUGGGUCUGCACCACCAGAGAUCACAUUAUUCUCCACCAUCCAUUGCAACUCCACCUGAUCAACCUUUCCAAGCACCAUCACCGCAGCCAAGUUCAGGAAUACUAAUCUCAGUUGGACCUGGUGCAGUCUCGAUAGUUCUUGUUUCUACAUUAGCAGCUUUAUUCUGGUCAUAUUAAACAGUGUUUGUUUAUAGUUUGUUUCAGUUAUUUUGGUAUUACUUCUUCGUAAUUGUCAGGUUCCUGCUGUUGGGAUCUUACGUAUUUGAACAAUUUGUCCCUUCCAGUUAUUGGUUUACCUAUUGUUUUCUCUUGGUUUUAAUAUUCUAGGAAAAUGGGUUUGUGUUUAUGUAAUUUCUAAUGUUUUCUGUUGAAAUUUCCUGUUGUAACUACUGGAUUGAGCAUAUUUCAUCACGGAACUCUUAGUGCA